AUGGUUGUCUUCAAUACUGAGCUUAAUUCUCAUUUUGUAAUAAUUUCUGCUUCCAUUCUCAAUGGAAUUAUGAAGGUUGGCGUCCGCUCCUCUCUUAAUAGCAGAUUAACAAGAAUCGGAAUGAAAAGUAUCCAAGGACCAAUGGCUGAGCGUAUAAAGGAUAAGACAUUUCUCAAUCAGUAUAGAGCCAUGAAGAGGAAAUGGACAGUUCGUGAGCCCUCUGAUUUCUUUAACAAAUAUUUACCUAACUACGUCUUUACAAAAACAAAGACAGAUGAAAAUACUCAUAAGGCCUUAUUAGGCGAUAUUUCUGCUCUUCUCGGCGAUUUUUUCGCCGAUUUCAACAAUGCUGAUGAAUGUAUUUUAAGUGAGUUGAAUUUAGCGGUUUAA